GAUGUUAUGAAAGACUUUCAGCAUUUAAGUAAAUCAUGUAGAUCUAACAAAUCAGGUUUGAUGACAUGAGUGCAACAGUAUUCAAGAGUCUAAGUAACUAGCCUUAAAUAAAAUCCAUUAGUUCAUUUUUCGCCCAAAAUUGUGUCUCAAUUCUCCAUACAAUGCAAAUGGAAUGAGAGAAAAAUCAAACUCUUUUUUACGCCAAUCAGUGAUCUUUAACCGAACGGCGAAACAUUGCAGCUUUGUGAAUUCAUAGAAACAGAGUGACAGUUAUUUAAUUACUGCUCAUCAACUUUUGACUGAAAUGAAUUGUUGGAACAGAAUCAAUCUCUCAAUGAAAUGAAACUAUAAAUCCUAAAAUGAUAAAAUGUUAAUAAUGAAGAUGACUUUUUUUGAUCAAGAGUUGCGCAUUAACCCUAACCCAAAGUGAAAUGUUCAACUUGCCUGUGCCCAUAGUGUAUAGCUCAACCCAAAGUUGCAUCGUCCUUCCUUCACCGAACAAAUUAUCGCCACAACAAACUUAUCCCUUUAAAUUGUUUAAUCUUGUUGAGUAACUGGUAAUAGUUUCAAAAUAACUAAUUGAUCAACAGAAAAGUGUUAACUGUGAGAUUUGCCAUCAAAAUCAAGGAAGAAUGAACAAUUUACGACGCUAUAGAUUUCAAACUCGACGAUGCUGUUCAACUCCAGCAGUUGCCAGUUUACCUGACUUCUCAGACUCUUAUCUAGAAGAUUUAAAGAAAAAAAUCUUCAUCGAGAAAGACGAACGACUAAAGGAGUUAAAUGAAGAGAUUGGUGGUGAUCGAUCAACAUCACCUUGUCCCCCUCUUACUAGCAGUACUUUGCCACCACAGCCACCACAGCCACCACAGCCACCAACGCAGGUCACUGUUGCUGAUAAACAAAAGACAAGUGAUGAACUUGGUACAGAAACUAUCACUGAAACAGAGAAGAAUAAGGCCAAUUGUGAUGUUAUUGAUCAGAAUGGUGAGAUUGGAAAAAAAUUGCUACAAAAUAUGGAAAGAGAAAAAGAAAUUGGAUGUGAAGGUGCAUUGGUCGAGAAAAAAGUGGAUUCAAAUGAAAUUGAAUCAACUCAUUGUCAGGCAAAUAUUGUUGGUUCCAAUGCAAUGGUUUUUUCACUUCACAACCAAGUUGGUGGACUGGUUCGCGCUCUGCGGGUUUUCCAGGAAUUGGGCAUCAAUGUUCACCAUAUCGAAUCCAGAAAGUCACGACGUCGAGAAUCAGAGUAUGAAAUCUUUGUUAACAUUGAUUGUGAUGAUUCUCAACGGAUGAAUGAGCUUCUUCACCAUUUGAGACAUGAAGUUGAUUGCUGUACUUAUGAAGAGUUUGAAAGGUCCAAACAUCGGGCUGUUACUCGCAGCAAAAGUAAAUCACGAUUGUUGUCACAGGCUUCCAUAGACAAUGAAAUUCUUCAAGAUGGAAUGCCUUGGUUUCCUAAAAGAAUAUCAGAACUAGAUUAUUCGUCAAAUCGAGUUCUCAUGUAUGGAUCCGAAUUGGAUGCAGACCAUCCGGGUUUCAAAGAUCCGGUUUAUCGUGAAAGGAGGAAAUAUUUUGCUGAUGUUGCUUUCAGCUAUAAACACGGUGAUCCUGUCCCUCGAGUUGAAUAUACAACAAUUGAAAUUAAAACAUGGGGAAUUAUUUUUGAAGAAUUAACCAAACUUUACUCUAAACAUGCUUGCAAAGAGUUCAACAAAAAUUUGUCUCUUCUCAUCAGAUACUGUGGCUAUCGAAAGGACAAUAUACCACAAUUGGAGGAUAUAUCACAGUUUCUUAAGAAUCGCACUGGAUUUACGUUAAGACCGGUUGCUGGCUAUUUAUCUGCGCGAGAUUUUCUUGCUGGAUUAGCAUUCAGAGUAUUCCACUGUACCCAAUACAUAAGACAUUCAAGUGAUCCAUUUUACACUCCAGAACCAGACUGUUGCCAUGAAAUCCUUGGACAUUGUCCAUUACUAGCAGAUGAAAGUUUUGCUCAAUUUUCACAAGAGAUUGGACUAGCCUCAUUGGGAGCCAGUGAUGAAGAAGUUGAAAAGCUGGCUACGUGUUACUUUUUCACCAUUGAAUUUGGCCUCUGUAAACAGGAUAAUGAACUUAAAGUCUAUGGAGCUGGUCUGUUAUCAUCUGCUGCUGAACUCAAGCAUUCAGUUUCUGAGGCAGCUUGUGUACUUCCUUUUGAUCCAGCUAUAACUUGUCAACAGACUCCCAUGAUUACAACCUUUCAACAAGCCUAUUUUUAUACAGAUUCAUUCGAGGAAGCCAAGGAACAAAUGAGAGAUUUUGCUGCUACCAUUAAACGUCCAUUUGGAGUUCGUUACAAUCCAUACACUCAAUCAGUUGAAAUUCUGAGCAACACUCGAAAGAUAAUGUCUCUGGUUUCCGAGUUGAAAGGUGAUCUUUGUAUUGUUACCAAUGCGUUGAAAAAGAUUAAGGAGAAAGAGCAAGAGACUGAAGGUGAUUCCAAUGAGAAUCAGUCGACCAGCAGCAACAAUGAUAAUUGUGAAAACAAAUUAAACAACAAUGUUGGUCAAAUAAAUCAUGUUGAUGGUUCUGGUGAUGAUGAUGGUAACUCAUUGGUUUCAGCAAAUAUCGCUUCAGCAAUAACAAACGAUAUAACAGCUCAGAUUAUUGAUGCAUCAACAGCCAUUGCUGAUUGUACCAUUGGUAGGAAUUGAUGAUGAUUCUGGCCAUGACAGGGAAAAGCGAAACAAGAAGGAAAAAAAUCAAAUGAAAGAAACCAUCAAAUCCAUUGUUAUUCAUAACAGUUUGCAAGAUGAAAUUCAAUAUUCAAAGGUUAACAAUUAUAAUCGAUAUUUAGGAACCAGUCAAGAGCCAAAAGUGUAAAGUUAUCACAAAUUUUGUCGUUUGUCAUUAAUUUUCAACAAUAAUUUUAAGCUUUGAUUUCGUGAUAACUGUCAAUUUGUUUUCUUCUCAUGUUUGUUGUUCAAUGAAAUGUUAUUUGAAGAUAUUUUUUCCAAUGUAAAAUUUUCUCUGUAAAACAAAAGUAUGAAAAUUUCUUGAACCUUUUCUUUUUAAUUAUUAUUCUGAUUGUUAUUGUUAUUAAUGUGCAAUUUAAUGCAAAAGCUUAAUGUAACUGUUGAAAUUGAAUCUUGGUAUUGAACUUUUUUUUCUGUUAACUAAAAGACCAACAAAUGGCACAAUGUAAUAGCUUCAAUUUAUCUGUCGUUUUUGCCUCUUUUUUUGGGUUACACCAAAUGUUAUUUUAAAAGUUAUUUAAUUCAGUGAAUUGAAAUAAAUAAGUGAAAAUUGUUU